UCCAUCAUCUCUUUUGAAGAUGGGAAACUCUUACGCUGGACAGCUGAAGACGACGCGGUUUGAAGAGGUCUUGCACAACUCCAUCGAGGCCUCCCUGCGCUCCAACACCCUGGUCCCCAGGCCCAUCUUCUCGCAGCUGUACCUGGAAGCAGAGCGGCAGCUCUCCGCUCUAGAAGGCAGUAGCCGAGUGGACAAUGAGGAAGAAGAAGAAGAGGGGGAAGUGGGGCUGGAGCCGAACUGUCCCCCAAAUCCCUACCAGAUGCUCCCUCUGCCUGAAGGAUGCUGCACCACGGAUGGGUUCUGCCAGGCGGGGAAGGACCUGCGUCUCGCCUCCAUCUCCAAUGAGCCCAUCGACGUCCCUGCAGGCUUCCUCCUCGUGGGGGCCAAGUCCCCCAGCCUGCCGGACCACCUCCUGGUGUGUGCCGUUGACAAAAGGUUCCUGCCAGAUGAUAACGGGCACAACGCCCUUCUUGGUUUCUCUGGGAAUUGUGUUGGCUGUGGAAAGAAAGGCUUUUGUUACUUCACGGAAUUCUCCAAUCACAUAAACCUUAAGCUGACCACUCAGCCCAAGAAGCAGAAACACUUGAAGUAUUACCUGGUCCGUAACGCACAAGGGGCUCUAACCAAAGGACCUCUCAUUUGUUGGAAAGGCUCAGAGUUCCGAGGCCGGCAGCCCCCCGCCGGCUCCUGCUCCGGGUCUCUCUUCCUGCCGCUGGACAGCUCCGGGCCUCCACCUGCCUCCUCCAGCGAGCCCACUCCUGGUGCGAACCCGAGCAUCCCCACGGGAACCCAGCAGGCAGGACCAGCCUCGGACCACCCCUCACUAACCGCAGCAACGGGCCCCGCUGUUUUCAACGGCAAAGAUUCCCCGAAGCACCAACAGCUGGCGAAGAGCAAGCUGUCGGCCGUGCCACGGCCCUCGGCCCUAGGUAUCUUAUCAAACUCCGGGCCCCCCAAAAAGCGCCACAAAGGGUGGUCUCCAGGAUCUCCAUCAGCUACAGAUGGUGGCUACUCCCAGGGUGGUGGGAACAGAGCUAAGUAUGAGAGCGCAGGCAUGUCCUACAUGCCCCAGGUUGGCUUGGUGGGACCAGCUUCAGUUACCUUUCCUGUUGUGGCCUCCGGAGAACCAGUGUCCGUUCCCGACAACUUGCUGAAAAUAUGCAAGGCCAAGCCAGUGAUAUUUAAAGGCCAUGGGAACUUCCCUUACCUGUGCGGGAACCUGAACGAUGUGGUCGUGAGCCCGCUCCUGUACACGUGCUACCAGAACUCCCAGUCCAUCUCCCGAGCGUAUGAACAAUAUGGGGCGGCCACAAUACAGCCCAUCUCGGAGGAGACACAGCUCUUGCUGACCGUCUACUACCUCGUCCAGCUGGCCGCCGACCAGGUGCCGCUGAUGGAGGACCUGGAGCAGAUCUUCCUGCGCUCCUGGCGCGAGUCGCACCUGACGGAGAUCCGGCAGUACCAGCAGGCGCCUCCGCAGCCCUUCCCGCCGGCGCCCAGCGCGGUGGCGCCCGUCACCUCGGCACAGCUGCCCUGGCUGGCCGGCCUGGCCGCCAGCUCCUGCAACGACAGCGUGCACAUCAUCGAGUGCACCUACUCCCUGGCCGAGGGACUCUCCGAGAUGUUCCGACUGCUCAUCGAAGGCAAGCUGGCCAAGACCAACUACGUGGUGAUCAUCUGCGCCUGCCGGAACGCCGCCAUCGACUCCUGCAUCGCCGUCACUGGAAAAUACCAAGCCCGGAUUCUUUCCGAGAGCCUUCUCACCCCAGCGGAGUACCAGAAAGAAGUCAACUAUGAGCUGGUUACGGGGAAAGUGGACUCCUUGGGGGCCUUUUUUAGCACCCUCUGUCCAGAGGGCGACAUUGACAUUUUGCUGGACAAAUUUCAUCAGGAAAAUCAAGGCCACAUUUCUUCCUCACUUACUGCCUCCUCUGUCACCAAAUCAGCGUCCCUGGAUGUGGGCGGGGCCCCGACAUGCACAAGUUACAGCCUGGAGCCCCACCACAUCCGGCCCUUCCAGCUGGCCGUGGCCCAGAAGCUCCUGUCCCACGUGUGCUCAAUCGCGGAUUCCAGUACCCAGAAUCUGGACUUGGGAUCUUUCGAGAAGGUGGACUUUCUGAUUUGCAUUCCACCCUCGGAAGUGACCUACCAGCAGACCCUGUUCCACGUCUGGCAUUCAGGCGUCUUGCUGGAGCUCGGCUUGGAAAAGGAGCACGUGACCAAGCAGAGGGUGGAACAGUAUGUCCUGAAGCUAGAUGCCGAGGCACAGGAAAAAUUUAAGUCCUUUCUGCAAAACUCCUUUCAGAAUCCACACACGCUCUUUGUCCUAAUCCAUGACCACGCCCACUGGGAUCUUGUGAGUAGUGCUGUUCAUAAUCUCUAUUCCCAAAGUGACCCAUCUGUGGGACUGGUGGACAGACUGCUCAACUGCAGGGAGGUGAAGGAGGCCCCCAACAUCGUGACGCUGCACGUGACUUCCUUCCCUUACGCGCUGCAGACGCAGCACACCCUCAUCAGCCCUUACAACGAGAUCCACUGGCCUGCCUCCUACAAUAAUGGAGCGGACUUAUAUCAUGAGAACAAGAAGUACUUUGGGCUGUCAGAGUUCAUUGAGUCCACCCUUUCAGGACACAGCCUCCCCUUGUUAAGAUAUGACAGCUCCUUCGAGGCCAUGGUCACAGCAUUGGGAAAAAGGUUCCCCCGCCUGCACAGCGCGGUGAUCAGGACGUUUGUUCUCGUGCAGCACUACGCUGCCGCCAUGAUGGCCGUGAGCGGCCUCUCACAGAUGAAGAACUACACGUCGGUGGAGACGCUGGAGAUCACCCAGAACCUCAUCAACUCCCCGAAGCAGUGCCCCUGUGGCCACGGGCUCAUGGUCCUGCUGCGCGUGCCCUGCUCGCCGCUGGCGGCCGUGGCCUAUGAGCGGCUGGCCCACGUGCGGGCGCGGCUGGCGCUGGAGCAGCACUUUGAGAUCAUUCUGGGCAACCCCAGCACGGGCAUCACCGUCGGGAAGCACUUCGUGAAGCAGCUGAAGAUGUGGCAGAAAAUUGAGGAUGCAGAGUGGAGACCUCAGACUUACCUGGAGUUGGAGGGCCUGCCUUGCAUCCUAAUCUUCAGUGGGAUGGACCCGCACGGGGAAUCUUUACCAAGGUCUUUGAGGUACUGCGACCUGCGGCUGAUCAACUCCUCCUGCUUGGUGAGAACAGCGUUGGAGCAGGAGCUGGGCCUGGCGGCUUACUUCGUGAGCAACGAGAUUUCCCUGGAGAAAGGGGUCCGCAGCGAGGCCUUGGAGAGCGACACAGAGAAGCUGAGCAGCACCGACAACGAGGACGAGGAGCUGGGGAUGGAAGGCUCCACGUCGGAGAAGAGGAGCCCCGUGAAGAGGGAACGGCCCCACUCCCACGACUCAGCGUCCUCGCCCCUGUCCUCCAAGGCGUCCAGCUCAGUGCUCUGUGGUGAGUCCUCCUCUCAGCUUGGGGGGCCCUCGCAGGGGGAGCAGGGCCGAAGCCCGCAGCCCUGUGGCCCUUCAGAGGAGGGCAAGGCCCCUGGUGACAAGCAGAGGCUCCGAGCGAGUCAGGGCCCAGCGGCCACCAGCAGGCACAGCCCCGGGCUGGCCCCCCAGCCUGACUCCGCCCUCAAGACCAGCCAGAAGGGCAUCCAGGUACCGGUCACCUCGUCAUCCUCCCAGCUCUCCUCCUCGGCUGCGGUGCCCGCUGCCGCCGGCACGCUGGUCCUGCAGGCCUCCCAGUGCUCCAUGACCAAGACCUGCCAGCAGCCGCCCGUCGUCUUCCUGCCCAAGCUGGUGUACGACAUGGUCACGUCCACCGACAGCAGCGGCCUGCCCAAGGCCGCCUCGCUCCUGCCCUCCCACUCGGUCGUGUGGGCCAGCUCCUUCCGGCCCCUGCUCAGCAAGACGAUGACCUCCACAGAGCAGUCCCUGUACUACCGGCAGUGGACGGUGCCCCGGCCCAGCCACAUGGAUUACGGCAACCGCGCUGAGGGCCGAGUGGACAGCUUCCACCCGCGCAGGCUGCUGCUCAGCGGGCCCCCUCAGGUCGGGAAGACGGGUGCCUACCUGCAGUUCCUCAGUGUUUUGUCCACAAUGCUCACUCGGCUGACGGAAGUGGAUGUUUACGAUGAGGAGCAGAUCAAUACCAACCUCAGAGAAGAAUCCGAUUGGCAUUACCUCCAGCUCAGUGACCCCUGGCCAGACCUGGAGCUCUUCAAGAAGCUGUCUUUUGACUACAUUAUUCACGACCCAAAGUAUGAGGAUGCCAGCCUGAUUUGUUCACACCAGCAGGCUAGAAAGAGUGAAGACAGAGGGACCCCCCGGAAGCCGGAGGACCUGUAUGUGCGGCGUCAGACGGCGCGGAUGCGGCUGUCCAAGUACGCGGCGUACAACACGUACCACCACUGCGAGCAGUGCCACCAGUACAUGGGCUUCCACCCCCGCUACCAGCUCUAUGAGUCCACCCUGCACGCCUUUGCCUUCUCUUACUCCAUGCUAGGAGAGGAAGUCCAGCUCCAUUUCAUCAUCCCCAAGUCCAAGGAGCAUCACUUUGUCUUCAGCCAACCUGGAGGCCAGCUCGAGAGCAUGCGGCUGCCCCUCGUCACAGACAAGAGUCAUGAAUAUAUAAAAAGCCCGACGUUCACCCCAACAACGGGCCGCCACGAACACGGACUCUUUAACCUGUACCAUGCGAUGGACGGUGCCAGCCAUUUGCACGUGCUGGUUGUCAAGGAGUACGAGAUGGCUAUUUAUAAGAAGUACUGGCCCAACCACAUCAUGCUGGUGCUGCCAAGCAUCUUCAACAGCGCUGGAGUUGGCGCCGCCCACUUCCUGAUCAAGGAGCUGUCUUAUCACAACCUGGAGCUGGAGCGCAACCGGCAGGAGGAACUUGGCAUCAAGCCGCAGGACAUCUGGCCUUUCAUCGUGAUCUCGGACGACUCCUGCGUGAUGUGGAACGUGGUGGACGUGGACUGUGGUGGGGAGAGAAGCAGAGAAUUUUCCUGGUCAGAAAGGAACGUCUCUUUGAAGUACAUCAUGCAGCACAUCGAGGCAUCCCCCAAUAUCACCCACUAUGCCCUGAUUGGCAUGCGGAAGUGGUCCAGCAAGACUGGGCGCCGUGAGGUGCGCGAGCCCUUCUCCCGCUGCCAUGUGCAUGACUUCAUCGUCCUGAAUGUGGACCUGACCCAGAACGUGCAGUACAACCAGAACCGGUUCCUGUGUGACGAUGUGGACUUCAACCUGCGGGUGCACAGCGCUGGUCUCUUGCUCUGCCGGUUCAACCGCUUCAGUGUGAUGAAGAAGCAGAUUGCAGUGGGCGGGCACCGUUCCUUCCACAUCACGUCCAAGGUGGGUAGGCCGUGUGCCCGGCUGGGGCGACACCCAGACUGCUGUGUGUGGUGCGAGAACCAAGCGUGGGAGCUGGCGGGGAGGCCACGUGGCUGCCUUCGAGUCAAUGGGGUGGGCUUGACCUCUGGGUCGUGUUAGGAAAGAUUUUCAGUUGUCUGCUCAGCGCACAUCUUCCACCCACCUUCCUGGGCACCCUCGCUCACCCGCGUUCUGCCUGAUGGUUACCGCACGCGUCUCCAUCACUGCGCUCAGUGCUCACCUGUCUGGCUUUUCUGCUGGACAGAGCUCUGGGGUGCAGGUGUGGUGCGUGCCCUUCUCCGGGCCCCUGGGACAGCGCCUGGCCAAAUACUCUCUGAAUGGCACUAGCUUGAUAGCUGUGCUGUCUGUCCACGAGCCAGCCUCUGGGUGGGGAGACACGUGACCCGAUUGUGCCGGUGCUGGCUGGGCAGUCUGGGCAAGUUCAGAUGUGAAGUCACAGCAAGCCCAGAGUUCUGAGUCUUCCAGGAGGUGAUGCGGAGCUGGUACGUCCCUGCCUAAAGGUCUCCCCCAUCCGUGGGCUAGAGCCCCAUUCGCUGCCUUUCACCUCCACCUGCCUUAAAUUGUGCCCUGAUCACAUCAGCUAGUUCUAAUACCAGCUGCUGCUUCCAGCCUCUGUCCUUCCUGGUCGCCACUGACUCUUCUGGUGGUGACCCUCCCUGAGCUGGGCCAGGUCUGAAUUUAGAUGCCAGUUCCACCGCCAUCUUCCCUUUCCCACCUGCAGGGAGUGAAGCCUUCUCUGGACAUGAAAGUCCAUUCUCAUUGCUCCUGCAAAGUAGCAAGAUACUUAAGUAAAAGGUCUGUGCUCCCAGAAGAACUUGGAAUCAUUUAGUUAAGUCCCCCCACCACACACACACACACC